GACGCGUGUUAUUAUAGUUUUUCGAUUCGUAAAUAAGACGAAGUAAGAUCUAAUCGACAUUCAAAACAAAGAAGUGAAGAAAUUUUUGGUCAUUUUAAACGGAAAAGAUGGGAAAAAUUUUCCUGGAACACAGUAAUGGCGUUAAGCUUUACUCGUGCAUUGCCUGCGACACGAAUCUGACAAAUAAAGGCCAUUUGAUUAGUACACGAUUUACUGGUGCUACUGGACGCGCCUAUCUAUUCAAAUAUGUUGUCAAUUUAACAUAUAGCAAUGUCCAGGAUCGUGUAAUGCUGACGGGACGGCAUAUGGUCAGAGAUGUUAUGUGUAAAAGUUGUGGAGCGAAAUUGGGAUGGAUGUACGAAUUUGCUACCGAGGACAAUCAAAGAUACAAAGAGGGCAAAGUGAUUUUAGAACACGCUCUAAUCACAGAAUCAGAAGGAUUUCAGGACUUACCAUCAACGCCGAGUCGAAAUAAUUACGAGCAGUAAGCAAGCACACACACAUUAGAUAUUAAGUUUACCGAUUAGUUGGCACAACCGUAAAUCUUGUGUAUCAUUCAUUAUGUUGAAAUCCUUUGUUUCUUUUGCUCCUCAUUUUUUCCCCCUCAUUUCAUUUUCUUAUUCUUUGUGUAAAUCAAAACUUUUAUAAUCAUAACGAGACGAAAUAAAAUUUGAAUGAAAUUU